AUGGCCGGCCAGAUGGAGAUGCAGCCGAUACCCAUGCUGGCGCUCUUGCGAGCAAAACGACUCAAGGAGAAGCGCGACCUACCAACCGAGCUCUGGCUCGGCAUCACUUCCUUCGCCGUCACUAAAGACGAGCCCGUCCCAAUCUGGGCCCUGCCAGCCCACUACGGUAAACUCCUCGCCCCUUUCAAGAACACCAACCUCGAGCCACACGCCAAGAAGACCUUCUGGGAGAAGACCACCGUCCGCCACACGCAAUCCAUGAUCAUCUUCGCCCAAGGAUCCGAGAUCAAGAACCUCCACCCGACCCUCCGCGAUAAGAUGCAGCACCUUCAGGUCGACACCCACAUCUCCUCCCUCCCCCGCCAACUCGACGACAUCGCCCAGACCGUCCGCGGAUGCCCAGCCAUCCAAUCCCUCACCAUCCACCUCACCGUCUCCAGCAUCAACCCCUCCAUCAUGCAAGCCGGACUGGGCAUGAUUUGCGAGGCCAUGCACGGUCUGGUCGGUCCUGAGGUGAAGAAGACGGCGGUCGCUCUUUGCGACUUUCAGGGCUCGAAGUACUGGUGUGCCAAGCGGUUGAAGAAGGCGAUCGCUGAAGAGACGGUUCAUGAGAAUAGUUCGUGGACUGCGUUUGGCGAUAUCGAGGUUACGGUCAUUCAGGUUGGCCAGAAAGAGGUGGCGGGUUUCAUGCAGACGCUUAUGACGGCGGAGGUUUAG